UAAUAUUUUUCUUAACGACCAGAGUCUCCAGAAUGAGAUCACUUUAGUGUCGCUGUUUUGUUUGAUGUUGAAUCAUUGAACUCAUGACUUCAACGCCUUCAUCAACUCACUUUCUUACCAUAAAAAACACCUUCAUUUCCACUAAGAAUCAUAUACACACUUCCCUAAAUACCCCUCUCCAUACAUCAAAUUCACCAAUUUGGACUGCCUCAGAGAUAGCUGAAUCUGUCCAUGGCAAAUUACUCAAAUGGGGUCCUCCAGGCACCAUUUGUACGGACACCAGAGCCUUACAACCCAACACAAACCAAUGGUUCUUCGCCAUCACAGGCCAACACUUCGAUGCUCACGACUUCAUUUCUCCCCAAUUGUAUGGUAAAGGCUGUGUUGGCGUCAUUGGGAACCGGGUUUGCGAGGGCUGGGACAAGGGUUUUGUUCAAGUUGAAGGUAAUGGCAAAGUUAACACUGUUGAUUCAUUGAUAAAUAUGGCUUCUUAUGCAAGAAAAAAGAGGUUUAAUGGUGUUUUAGUUGGGGUUACUGGUAGUGUAGGGAAAAGUACAACCAAGAGUAUGAUAGCUUUGGCUCUUGAAAGUUUAGGAGUUAAUGUAUUCAAAAGUUAUGGGAAUUGGAAUAACAGAGUUGGUGUUGCUUUAAGUUUGAUUGGGAUGGAUAGAAAUGUUGAUAUUGCUGUUUUGGAGAUGGGAAUGAGUGGAAAGGGGGAGAUAUUGGAGCUAGCAAGGAUGGUGAGGCCGGAGAUAAGGGUGGUUUUGAAUGUGGGUGCUUCACAUUUGGAGAAUUUAGGGAGUUUGGAGGAGGUUGCAAUGGCGAAAAGUGAGAUUUUUAGGGAAGCCAAGCUGGGGGAUAUUUGUGUUUUCAAUGCUGAUGAUCCUCUUGUUUCAACCCUUCCGGUGCCUCACGGUGUUAGGAAGGUGUUUUUUGGUCGGAGAAUGGGAUGUGAUGUUCGGUUGGUUGCGGCUGAAACUGCAGAUGGAGGUCUUGGAGUUCGAGUUGUUUUAGAAAAAGAGAAAGAGAUGUAAGUUCUUAGUAGCAUUUCUCACAAAAUAGUAAAUAUUGUGAAUUUUCAAAUAUAUAGGAGCUAGAAAAUUUACACCUUUACAUAUUUAACAUUAUUUUGGAUGGACCUUGAGCAAUAAGUUCUUUCUUUGAACCUUUUUCUGGUUGAAUAACUUUGCCACCUUUAAAUGAGGAGUAAUACACGGAUUUUCAAUCCUUUUAAAAUUAACAUUCUAAGUUCAUGUUUUACAUGGAACUUUUUCUGAAGUUCUACCAUUAGAUGUUCAUCUUAACCUUCUGGGAGAUUGAAAGUUGUAAAAGAGUAAAAGUUCCAAUGGUUUGAAAUUCUUUGAUGCUUGCUGAUUGAUAAAUCAUUUGUAUUUGAUUGUAACCAAUAUAAUGAACCUUUUUACCAUCAGAUUCAAACAAGUUUAUAAUCUUUUUGGACUCUCAGUCCCUUCAAUAAGU